UUUCCCAAAGAUCUGACAAGUAUACUAUUCUGUAUUCACCCAAUUUACUUUACCAGAUUCUUCUUUAUGUUCAAGUCAUUCACCCAUUGUGAGUUUAUCUUAGUGUAGGGUGUGUCUGGAGUAUUUUGUAAGCCUGACACCACUACAGAAGUCAUGAUGAGGAUCCGUCUUAACAUUCUGCUCACUGGGGCCGUUGGGAGAUUCCUCCCCCAUUCCCGAGUCUGUUGGUAUUUCACACAGAUCGUGAUGCUCGUCAAGGACAAUCCUCUGCUGGCUGAGGUGGAUGCCCUGAAGAAGUGCUACCGGGUGAUGGAUCUCAUCUGUGAGCAGUGCAUGAAGCAGAGGGACAUGAACGAGGUCCUCGCCAUGAAGACGCACUACAUCAGCUGCAUUCUCCAGAAAUGCAUUAGCUUCUUGGCUGAGCGGGAAGAUAAGCUGGAUGGCCUCAUCAAAAGCUUGCUGAAAGGCAGAGAGACAGAUGGCUUUCCGGUCUAUCAGGAAAAGUUCAUCCGAGAGUGCAUUCGGAAGUUCCCUUACUGUGAAACCACCCUCCUCCAGCAGCUCGUGAGGAGCAUCGCCCCUGUUGAAAUCGGCUCUGAUCCUACAGCCUUCUCUGUGCUCACUCAAGCCAUCACUGGACAAGUGGGAUUUGUGGAUGUGGAGUUUUGUACCACAUGUGGAGAAAAGGGGGCAGACAAGAGGUGUUCGGUGUGUAAAAUGGUUAUCUAUUGCAACCAGAACUGCCAGAAAAUCCACUGGUUCACUCACAAGAAAGUAUGUAAGAUGCUGAAGGCUGUGUAUGAGAAGCAAGAGCUCCAAGCUGCCAAGGAGAAGAAGAGGCAGGAGAAGAGACAAGAGCAAGAAAAAGAGCCAGAUGUUGAUUCAAAUCCACCCAAUGAAGAGCAACAAAAAAUGGAGCCUGGAGAUACAAAAGAUGAAUCUACAGAUGUGUCCCAGGAAGAAAAAGCCAAUGUAAAGGAGGUUCCCCCAACAACUUUGGGAACAGACAGCGCCCCUGGCCUCCAGGACAUGGCAGGGAGUGUGAAGGAAUCAGAGGAAUAGGGCCCAUCCACAUGGCUCUUCAGAUUUAUAAUACACUAGAAUAACAGCCUAGCCCUCUCUCCCAUGGAGGCAUGAUCCAUCCAAGGUGGCAGGGGGCUUUUCCCCAUUACACAGAGCUACACAGUGCCCACACUUUCAUGGAUCUGAGCUCUCGAUUCUGGGGCACAGAUCAUUGUACCCUUGCCCCUUAUCAUCCCAUGUGGCAGUUAUCCAUGGCAUUAUCCAUGUCCACUGGCAAGCCCCCACCCAAAGGGGCCUCCCCAUCAUGCUAGAGGGCUCUUCCAUCUCUAGACAUGGUAUGGAAGCCAAUGGCACACACAGGGUGCCCAACUUGGCUCUCCCUACAUGAUGGUCCCCCUUUGCCAGUCAAACUUUGCUAUCACUUUCACCACUUUUCCUACAUGUCCAUCUCUGGCAAGGCAAUAUAACCUGCUCCCACCUAGCAGAGAAUCUGAAUUAGACGAAGCAUAGACAGCGAAGGGCUGGGCUUGACCAAAAUGCCACCAUUUUGAGGGAGGAAGGGACCUCCUUUCGUGAUAUUGGAAGAAGGAAGACUUGAAAACCCUUGGGGAGAGAUCACAGACUUGAUUAUUGCCAAAUAGAUUAGUUAACCAACAUUUCUGACACACUUACUCUAUGCCAGGCUUUGUGUUGAACGCUGGGGGCAGAAGUACAAAGACGUGGGCUUUAAAUAGACAGUGGUCACCUAGACCAGAUCUGUGCUGACCAGGCCCCAUUCAGCCCAUCUCUAGAGAAGGUGAGAGUCAUCGAAGGCAUUUCAAGUGAUGAGGAGGGAACAGAAGGCUUUUAUCACCACACAGUUACACGAUGUCCUGAGGGGUAUACAGAAAUAUAUACCCCAUCAUGGUGUUGGUUUGUUGCCCAUUUUAAGAAAAGCAUUGGUGUUAGAGCACACAUUCCCCAUUAAAGGUUGCCCUCUGACCUGGAAUGUGGCUUCCAUGCACAAGUCAGCAUCAUAGAAGACUCCUUCAAAGGUAUAACGACGGACCUCUGAGCAGCGGCUAACCACCAAUAUGGCGGGGCAGGAAGCCAGAAGAUGGGCUACCUUCCUGGUGGAUGCCGUCACAAUCCGAGUGGCCCAGGGAUGAGUGUGGGUGGUGAGGGGCUACAGGAGCUCCCACCAUGAGUACUUUCAUUCUGAUAGCCUUGAACACCAGAACAGUGUGGAGCCUCUCACUGCCCAUCACCUCCUUGCCUUUUGGCAAAGGCACCCAUCACUAGAUUUUCCCACGAACUCACAGCAUAUAAGAGGAGCUGCAUUCCUCAAGGAAAUAGCUUUUUCAAAGACAACCUCUCUGUCCCACCAGCUCCUCGGAAGUUUGCCACUUGAUUGUUCUGCUCUAGAGCAAAAGUUUUAUCUGACCUACUUGGAAACAGGAAGCUAUGAGACAGGGCUGGCUCGCACCCUUUCUGGCACCCCCCUCCUCCAUAGCGUCUCCUUAGUUCAUUAAAAUCAGGUAUUACUUCUCCUUUGCUACCUAUAGGAUUGUCAGAAACCCAAGGGAGGAAAACAAAGGGUAUCAAACAAGGAGUCCUGAGUCUUUUUCCAGUGGGAAAGCCACUGGGCUUGGGGUAAGAGCACCCGAGUUUGAAUCCCAUCUCUGGUGCUUCUGGCUGAUCUCAGGCAAAUCAUUCUACAUUUGGGACUCAGUUUCCUCAUCUGUAAAUUAUGUUUAGGCUAUUCCUCUAAGUUCCUUCCUGGCUUUAAAUUCCUUGAGCCUGUGAGAGAACGGCAGACCCAGGAAAUACCCAAAGAAUGCUAAGUUCUGUGGCACCAGCAUGUAUCUCAUGUGAGUGUGAUGGAGGGAAAUCUGCAUGUGGAUCUCAUGAAUCUUGCUUCGUGCAAAGGGAGAGGGUGGCCACCAUGAGGCCCUUCUCAGGUUUGGUUAUGCCCCUUGCUAGUCUAGUUCACUAAAGACCUGCUGAAAGGUGGUUGGGGUGUGGAGUCUCCCUGAAGGAAGCCCAGCCAGUAGGGAGUCUCUUCAUAUGCACUUUGCCUUCAAGGAUGAGUCUUGGACUUUUCCCCCAAAUGAUCGCCCUGCAGGCUAGCUCAGUGCAUGAAAUCUUCCAGGUUACCCUCCUGAAAAGGAUUUCCACAGAGCCCUGGCUGGGCGCCUGUCCUUGUCCUGUGGGGGAGUUUGGGGUGGGGUUGGGGGGGCACCCAUCCGCCCAUAUUUGGUAGAAGUCACAUCCAGAAGGCCAUGUGAGCCCAGGCUGGCACUGGAGGCCAGCUGACCUAGAAUGCCUGGCAUCUUAGAGGAGCAGCCCCACCUCCUGGCUCUUGGGCAAAUUGAAAUAAACACGCCACCUAGUCCAAA